CCCGCCUCCCACCGACUCCCGGCGGUGCCGGAGUCGGGUUGGUGGGCUGCUAUAAAGCUGUUGGCGGAGGGUAGGCGCCACAUACUCCACCUUGGUAGCUCGCUCUUUUUCCUUCAGUACCACCUGAUCACCUUUGGGGUUCUUCAGUGUUCUGACAACCUGUACCUCCCUGCUAAUAGCUUCAGGACCAGCCUGACCUGUUAGGAUGGUGUAAUGGGCAGGCAUCCACAGUCAAGGACUUCUCAAAGCGAAGUAUAUGGAGUCUUUGAAAACGUGUGUCCUAACUUGACCAGUGGUAGAGAAAGGAUUGCUCUGACCCAUCUUGGAGGAGGGAUUUGGACAACAGUGCCUGAAGGAGAAAACAGUGACAGACCUGGAGACUGAAGUUCUUUAUCCAUUACACAGCUCUUUCACCAUGCCUGGGUCACUUCCUUUGAAUGCAGAAGCCUGCUGGCCAAAAGAUGUGGGAAUUGUUGCACUUGAAAUCUAUUUUCCUUCUCAAUAUGUUGAUCAAACAGAAUUAGAAAAAUACGAUGGUGUAGAUGCUGGAAAGUAUACUAUUGGCUUUGGCCAGGCCAGGAUGGGCUUCUGCACAGACAGAGAAGAUAUCAACUCUCUUUGCAUGACGGUGGUUCAGAAUCUUAUGGAAAGAAAUGGCCUUUCUUAUAAUUGCAUUGGGCGGCUAGAAGUUGGAACAGAAACGAUCAUUGACAAAUCAAAGUCAGUGAAGACUAAUUUGAUGCAACUCUUUGAGGAGUCUGGGAAUACAGACAUAGAAGGAAUAGACACAACUAAUGCAUGCUAUGGAGGCACAGCUGCUGUCUUCAAUGCUGUUAACUGGAUUGAGUCCAGCUAUUGGGAUGGACGGUAUGCCCUAGUAGUUACAGGAGAUAUUGCUGUAUAUGCCACAGGAAAUGCUAGACCUACAGGUGGGGUCGGAGCUGUUGCUAUGCUAAUUGGGCCAAAUGCUCCUUUAAUUUUUGACCGAGGACUUCGUGGGACACACAUGAAACAUGUCUAUGACUUUUACAAGCCUGAUAUGCUUACUGAAUAUCCUGUAGUAAAUGGAAAACUCUCCAUAGAGUGCUACUUCAGUGCAUUAGACCGCUGCUAUUCUGUCUACCGCAAAAAAAUCCGUGCCCAAUGGCAGAAAGAGGGAAAUGAGAAAGAUUUUACCUUAAAUGAUUUUGGCUUCAUGAUCUUCCACUCACCCUUCUGCAAAAUGGUUCAGAAAUCUCUAGCUCGGAUGUUGCUGAAUGAUUUCCUUAAUGACCAGAACAGAGAUAAAAAUAGUAUCUAUAGUGGCCUGGAAGCCUUUGGGGAUGUUAAAUUAGAAGAUACCUACUUUGAUAAAGAUGUGGAAAAGGCAUUUAUGAAGGCUAGUUCCGAAAUCUUUAAUCAGAAAACAAAGGCAUCUUUGCUUGUAUCAAAUCAAAAUGGAAAUAUGUAUACAUCAUCAGUGUAUGGUUGCCUUGCUUCUAUUCUAGCACAGUUCUCACCCCAGCAGCUGGCAGGAAAGAGGAUUGGCUUGUUCUCUUAUGGUUCUGGUUUCGCCGCCACCCUGUACUCCCUUAAAGUUACACAGGAUGCCACACCAGGGUCUGCUCUUGAUAAAAUAACAGCAAGUUUAUGUGAUCUUAAAACAAGGCUUGACUCAAGAACUUGUGUGACACCAGAUGUCUUUACUGAACACAUGAAGCUCAGAGAAGAUGCUCAUCUCUUGGUCAACUAUAUUCCCCAGAGUUCAAUAGAUUCACUCUUUGAAGGAACAUGGUACCUAGUUAGAGUGGAUGAAAAGCACAGAAGGACUUAUGCCCGCCGCCCCUCUCCAAACGAUGACACCUUGGAUGAAGGAGUAGGACUUGUGCAUUCAAACACAGCAAAUGAGCAUAUUCCAAGUCCUGCUAAGAAAGUACCAAGACUCCCUGCAACAGCAGCAGAACCGGAAGCAGCUGUCAUUAGUAACAGGGAACAUUAAGAUAAUUCUGUGAGGUAGAAGACUUCGGUGUGGGUUGGGGUGGGUGGAGUAUGUAUGGAAAUGGUUAGGAAUGGGAUGUCUGGGGACAAUUUUAAAGGAUUACAUGUUGCUUAAAUUUUUAUGUAACUGACAUGGAGCCUGGAAAACUAUUGUGUCUUUGGGAAAGUCUCUUUGCUCAAUUUGCUAAUUUGCUUCCUAUUGUGGUCUAGCCAAUGCCUAAUGUAUUCAAAUGAUGUUAAGGGCUCUGUAAAACUUCAUACCUCUCUGGCCAUUUGUAUGCAUGAAGCUUAGUGUGUAAAUGUGGUAUGAUGAAUUGUAUGCUUCUGGCAGAAAAAAACAGAGGUACUAGUUCUACAAUUCUAAGUUUUUUAAACGUGUAGGAAUUUUAUACUUUGAACAAACAAGAUUACUGAAAGUACCUGUGGUUUUUGAAAAAAAGUUUCUAGGUUAGGGGAUGUGGUCUUAAAAGUGGCAUGCACAAACCCUGUUUGAAAACGGCAAGACAAACAUGCUCUUUUUCUAAAAUUUAUAAAUAUUGAAGAGAGAAGAAUUGGGACAGUAACACUGGUUCUGGAAAGUGGAAUGUUGCUUUAAAUCCAGGCUAGCAGUGAUGAAUUGUGAACAGAGCUGCUAGCAUUGAGCCAAACAUCUGGUAUAGACAACAUGGCACAUUUGGGAGCUGUGUGUGUAGGUCUAGGUCUGCUCCUGAAUCAGUACAAGGUGGGUUAUGCUGAACAACACUGAGAUGUUACUGGAAUGUGUAUAUGAGGAAGUUUGCUGUUGCAGUCCUUCUUUGUACCUUAUUUUGAAGAAUAAAUAAAAACUUUUUCUUGGUUGCCUUUUAAAAAUUUUAAACAAAAAGGAACAAUAGAGACAAACAGUUGUUAAGUUCUGAUGCUUCAGUGUUAUAAAUUCAACUUAAAAGACUGACAACUUAAAUUCAUGGUGUUAGUAUUCUAUUCCACUUAAAAAAAAAAUCUCUUCAAUGAAACUAAAAAGGUAAAACUCAAGUUUUUACAUAGUAUGACUGGCCAAACUGAAUAUUCCACUUCAUGAUCUGGAAGUAGGAUCGAUAAAGCAUUUUCUCAGACUUUCACCUUAAACUAUCACAUGGGAUGAAUAAGGCUGGUUAGACAGUUUCGUAGAUCUUUUUGGUGCUGAACUAUGACAUGAGCCUUAUAGAUUGUAAAAUAAAGAUAAUUGGAACUAAUGUACAGAAUUAAAUUUUUUAAAUUUUGCUUUAAAUUCUGUGAAGUUUCACUUAUCUAAAAUAAACAAAUAUGAAAUGAAUGUUUGAAAUUACAAGGUAAUAUGUAAUGUAGUGUUUGUAAAAUACUCUUGUCUAAUAUUAACCAGUGAUAUUUUGAUUUGUACAGUUAUAAUUUGCUAAAAUGACUUCAUUUUAUCAUCCACUGAUGUAGAUUAAUAAUGUAAGUUCAGAUUUAAAGAUUGAUGGGAAAAUGUGCAUGUAAUACUUUUGCAAGUAUUGGGAGUUGGGUAUGUUUUCAAAAGAAUAAUUUCACUUUUGAGUGUCAGAAAAUGGGUUUUUUCAAAGUCUGUUACCAGCAAUGGGCAGGCCUAAUAAUGCUGGCACAGAGAAUUAACUGUACGCCUUAUGAAUAGUGAGGUGAGUAACUAUGAAUAAAAUUUUAGAGAAAUAUUUCA